CCCGCGGUGGGCGUGGCUGUGGGCGUGGCCCCCCGCGGUGGCGCGCUCCCCGUGGCGCCCCGGGGGCUGCGCCCCGCCGCCGGAGCCGUGUCCCUUGGGCAUCCCCCGUGCGCCCCGCCCCGGCACCCUUGGGUGCCUUCGUCCCGGCCGCGCGCGUGGCCGUGCCCGGUGCCUGCGGGCGCCUCCGAGCGGGCUCGAUCCUGAGCCCGACAAGAAGGAAGCGGCUCCGCGCGGCUGCGACACGCUCUGGGGAAGUGAUGCCUGCGCAGACGGCCCGGGAGACAAGUCCUUGGGCUGGAGCACGCCCUUCCUGAGCGCCGCCUGCUCUCUCGGCCGCUUACUCGUCCGCAGGCAGAGCGGGCUGUUGUCUCCCGGGGGCCUCGGUGCUGCAGGCACCAAGCAUCACCCCCGUCUCGGGGCGCAGGGACGGCCCCAGGCAGCCCAGCUGCUUCCCCGGGCUUUUUCCCAUCGGAGCCGUCCCCUCACCAGGCAGAGGACCUCUGCUGGGGGGCCGGUGGAGGUCUGCUGGGCAUCGCACCCAUCCCUGGGAGCAUCAGUGCUGGGUGGAAACCCCUCCUUCCCUGCGAGCACCCAGGGAAUAAAAGCACCCACCUGGCCGCUCUGCCUCUAUCCGGCAAAGGGAGCGCGGACACCGCAGUGCCAGGGCUGCGGGGAGCGCUCGGAGCUGGGUGGGCCUGCCGGGGGGGCAUCAGCUCCUGCCCGCCUGGGCAUGGCCGGGCACAGAGGAGGGCUGAUCCUGACCCUGCUGCUGCUGCUGAGCCUCGCCGUGUCCGAGCUGGCGCUGGGCUGCAGCAGCUCAGGGAGGAGGUGGCUGCCUGACUUGAAUGCUACAGCGAUCUCAGCUCUCUCUGCCUCCCUGAAACCCACAGAGACCACGGCGCUGCAGCCCACCACCGCCUCCACCGGCACAGCCUCCGCUCCUCCCUCCAGCCCUGAAACAGGAGCCUCCACUCUAGAGACACCCGGCACACCCCCGGGGAGCAGCAGUCCCUCUCUUCCCACCGUAGCCCCACACACAGCUGCACCAGCCGAGCCCUCGACAGCCCCUCAGGACACCACAGCCCCCUCCCACACCAGCACAGGGGUGCCCGGGAGCACCCCAACUCCCAGCCAGCCACUGGGGACCACAGAUGGGACCAGCCCUGGUACCUCCACCCUGACCACGGGGACAACCCCGGACACCCAGGCGUCACCCCAGAGCCCCGGUGCCACCACAGGCACGGAGCCUUCCUCCCCUGCCACCAACUCAACCCAGAGCCCAAACAACACCUCCAGCACCUCCACAGCCCUGCCGAUGGCACAGCCCGCCUGCCCCGGCAUCGUGAGCCCAGUCAGGGAGUCCCACAUCUUCCUGUCGAUGCGUCUGGCCAGCCCCCUGGGCCUCGGGAACACAAAUGUGCAGGACCUGAUCGUGUCCGAGCUCCAACACAGGCUGCAGGUCAGGUUCCCGCACGCCAACUUCACGAUGCAGUGGAGAGGGAAGAAACCCUGAGCGCUGCCCCUCGCCUGCCGAGGUCCUGCUGGGCAGGGACCCGAGCCAGCCCCCAGCCUCCUGCUCGCCGCUCCUCGUCCCCCACCGCUGUGUCCCUCGGGGGCGAUCUGCACGGAUCCUGCUGAACCUGGGUCCCCCGGGACCCCCGGUGCCCGCCUGCACCCCUCUUGCCUGCCUCCCCGCAGCCUCACUGCAUCCCACCCCACGCUGCAGCCCCCCAGCCACCCGUGGCACUGAGGAAGACGAGGAAGGAGCCCCUGCAGCCCGUUGUCAGCCCGUGUGCUCUCAAAUAAGCAGAUUUCAGGACCUGGCUGGCUGCGGGGGCACAGCCGGGGGGGCCCCAUGUCAGUGCUCUGCUCCCCCACCGGCUGGUGGGGCAGCUGCGUGCACCGUGGGGCCGUGGAAAUCCCGUGGGCUGAAAUCCUUCCCUGGUUUUUUUCCAGUCCCCGGCUAAGGAGACGGCCGCAGCAUCUAUCCCCCUGCAGCAAAGUCAUUUAUUAACUGAUUAAUUAGCCAGAUAAAAUCAGGCCGAAGCAGUUAUUACCCUAAGCAAGUCACCUCGCGGAGAGAUUAAAAAGUGAAAUAAUU